UGACCUGUCUGUAUGACCUGUCUGUGUUUGUAGGUGUGUGUGUAUUAAGAAGUAAUUUUGUCAACACUCUGACUAAAUGAGAGGUGCAAAUGGCUAGAAGAAGAUGUCCGUGAUGUUGAAAGAGGGGUCUGAAAGGAGCAUGGGGCUCUGUGUCAUCAGGUCUCAACCCAAUUCAGGAGCGAUGCCUGAGACAGAAGGGUCUGAAAGGAGCAUGGGGCUCUGUGUCAUCAGGUCUCAACCCAAUUCAGGAGCGAUGCCUGAGACAGAAGGGUCUGAAAGGAGCAUGGGGCUCUGUGUCAUCAGGUCUCAACCCAAUUCAGGAGCGAUGCCUGAGACAGAAGGGUCUGAAAGGAGCAUGGGGCUCUGUGUCAUCAGGUCUCAACCCAAUUCAGGAGCGAUGCCUGAGACAGAAGGGUCUGAAAGGAGCAUGGGGCUCUGUGUCAUCAGGUCUCAACCCAAUUCAGGAGCGAUGCCUGAGACAGAAGGGUCUGAAAGGAGCAUGGGGCUCUGUGUCAUCAGGUCUCAACCCAAUUCAGGAGCGAUGCCUGAGACAGAAGGGUCUGAAAGGAGCAUGGGGCUCUGUGUCAUCAGGUCUCAACCCAAUUCAGGAGCGGUGCCUGAGACAGUGUUUUCCACCUCCAUCAACAAAACACCAAAUGAUGGAAGUCCCUUGUGGAAGAAUGGUGUCACAUCCCUCCAAUAGACUUCCAGACACUUGUAGAAUCUAUGUCGAGGUGUAUUGAAGCUGUUCUGGUUGGUGGUGGCCCAACACCCUAUUAAAACACUAUGUUGGUGUUUCCUUAAUUCUGGCAGUUACCUGGUGGCCCAACACCCUAUUAAAACACUAUGUUGGUGUUUCCUUUAUUCUGGCAGUUACCUGGUGGCCCAACACCUUAUUAAGACACUAUGUUGGUGUUUCCUUUAUUCUGGCAGUUACCUGGUGGCCCAACACCUUAUUAAGACACUGUUGGUGUUUCCUUUAUUCUGGCAGUUACCUGGUGGCCCAACGCCUUAU